AUGCAGGGCCAGCGUGCUGCAGGGCCAGUGUGCUGCAGGGCCAGUGUGCUGUCAGGGCCAGUGUGCUGCAGGGCCAGUGUGCUGUCAGGGCCAGUGUGCUGUCAGGGCCAGUGUGCUGUCAGGGCCAGUGUGCUGCAGGGCCAGCAUGCAGCAGGGCCAGCAUGCAGCAGGGCCAGUGUGCUGCAGGGCCAGCGUGCUGUGUGCUGCAGGGCCAGUGUGCUGCAGGGCCAGUGUGCUGCAGGGCCAGCAUGCAGCAGGGCCAGCAUGCAGCAGGGCCAGCAUGCAGCAGGGCCAGCGUGCUGUCAGGGCCAGUGUGCUGCAGGGCCAGCAUGCAGCAGGGCCAGCAUGCAGCAGGGCCAGCAUGCAGCAGGGCCAGUGUGCUGUCAGGGCCAGUGUGCUGUCAGGGCCAGUGUGCUGUCAGGGCCAGUGUGCUGCAGGGCCAGCGUGCUGCAGGGCCAGUGUGCUGCAGGGCCAGCGUGCUGCAGGGCCAGUGUGCUGCAGGGCCAGCGUGCUGCAGGGCCAGUGUGCUGUCAGGGCCAGUGUGCUGCAGGGCCAGUGUGCUGUCAGGGCCAGUGUGCUGCAGGGCCAGUGUGCUGUCAGGGCCAGUGUGCUGCAGGGCCAGUGUGCUGCAGGGCCAGUGUGCUGCAGGGCCAGCGUGCUGUCAGGGCCAGUGUGCUGCAGGGCCAGUGUGCUGCAGGGCCAGUGUGCUGUCAGGGCCAGUGUGCUGCAGGGCCAGUGUGCUGUCAGGGCCAGUGUGCUGCAGGGCCAGUGUGCUGUCAGGGCCAGUGUGCUGCAGGGCCAGUGUGCUGCAGGGCCAGUGUGCUGCAGGGCCAGUGUGCUGUCAGGGCCAGUGUGCUGCAGGGCCAGUGUGCUGUCAGGGCCAGUGUGCUGCAGGGCCAGUGUGCUGUCAGGGCCAGUGUGCUGCAGGGCCAGUGUGCUGCAGGGCCAGUGUGCUGUCAGGGCCAGUGUGCUGCAGGGCCAGUGUGCUGUCAGGGCCAGUGUGCUGUCAGGGCCAGUGUGCUGCAGGGCCAGUGUGCUGUCAGGGCCAGUGUGCUGCAGGGCCAGUGUGCUGCAGGGCCAGUGUGCUGCAGGGCCAGCGUGCUGUCAGGGCCAGUGUGCUGCAGGGCCAGCGUGCUGCAGGGCCAGUGUGCUGUCAGGGCCAGUGUGCUGCAGGGCCAGUGUGCUGUCAGGGCCAGUGUGCUGCAGGGCCAGUGUGCUGUCAGGGCCAGUGUGCUGCAGGGCCAGUGUGCUGCAGGGCCAGUGUGCUGCAGGGCCAGCGUGCUGCAGGGAGCAGCAAAACCCGCUGUAAUCACCUCGUGUCCUGUGUUUUACAUCAUAUGCCGUGACGUGUUCAUGUCAUGA